UUCUUACAAAGCCAUCACCAGUUUGCAGCCUCUAGACAUUUAAGACUGCUUUGAUCUUUUCAAAAUCCUCUGUUCCUCUAUCUCUGUUUAUUCAUUUUCUUUUUUCUCUUCUCCUCAGCCGACCUCUUUGAAUUCAUUUCACCAUUAAAUUACUUGCAUGCUUUUGAAAAUGGUUUCAUUUCCAUAUUUUCAUCGUAUAGUUUCAUCGUUUCUAAGAAUCAUUUCAUCUGUUUCCUCAUAUCAUUACACUUACCAAUCAUUAAUUUAAUCCUCUGUUCUUGAACUCUCUCUCUAUAUAUAUAUAUAUGUAUAUAGUAUAAACACAUAUAGGAUUUAAUAGUAAAAUAAAACAAACCCAGAACCAGAAACCUCAUCAACUCACCAUCUCCUCCGUCUCUGUUUCUAAUGAAGAAUCAAAACCAGAACCCACUGGUCUCUGUUUCCAAGCUCUUAAAUCCCCAAUGGCACUUACUCAAUCUUCUCUCUAUCUUCUUCUUCUUCGGAUGCGGUAUGAGUCUCGGCAUCUUAAUCAGCUCUUACGUAAAAAAUUUACCAGUCAAUCUUCACAUCACUCACCUCUCCGUUUCCACCACCACAUCGCCAUUAUCACCGCCUCCCCCGGUGCCGGCGCCGGCGCCGGGAGAAUCAAGCUCCUGUCGCACUGGGCUGAAAGAGUACUUGAAGCCGCCGAGGAUCAUGCACGACAUGGAGGACGAAGAGCUUCUGUGGAGAGCUUCAAUGGCUCCUGGAAUCGGAAAAUAUCCAUUUGAUCGGAAACCGAAAGUGGCGUUCAUGUUCUUGACAAAAGGCCCUGUUUUGCUGGCACCAUUGUGGGAAAAAUUCUUCAAGGGACAUGAAGGUUUAUACUCCAUUUAUGUGCAUUCAAAUCCUUCUUACAACGAAUCAGAGCCUGAAAGUCCAGUUUUUCAUGGAAGAAGAAUUCCUAGUAAGGAGGUAGAAUGGGGUAAAGUGAAUAUGAUCGAAGCAGAAAGACGUCUCCUAGCCAAUGCCUUACUAGACUUCACAAACCAACGUUUUGUUCUUCUCUCCGAAUCAUGCAUUCCUCUUUUCAACUUCUCCACAGUCUAUUCUUAUCUAAUCAACUCCACCCAGAAUUUCGUAGAGUCCUACGAUCUACCCGGCCCGGUGGGUCGCGGCCGCUACAACCACCAGAUGAAGCCGCAGGUCAAGCUUAGUCAAUGGCGUAAAGGCGCACAAUGGUUCGAAAUCGACCGGGCUCUCGCUUUACGAGUUGUUUCCGACACCACUUACUUUCCCGUUUUCCAACGACGUUGUUUCGGUUCGUGUUAUGCUGACGAACAUUACCUACCGACUUUUGUGACUGCGAAAUUCGGCGAAACGAACUCGAAUCGGACCCUGACGUGGGUGGAUUGGUCUCGGGGCGGGCCGCACCCGGCCCGAUUCACGAGAAAUGAGGUAACCGUGGAGUUUUUGGAGAAAUUGAGAGGUGGGGAAAGUUGUGAGUACAAUGGGAAGAACACUAGCGUUUGUUUCUUGUUUGCAAGGAAGUUUUUGCCUAAUGGUUUGGAUAGGCUGUUGAGGUUUGCUACCAAUGUGCUGCGUUUUGAUUAAUUAUGUUUGGUUGGGUGGAAAAUUUUAUUCAUUUUUGUUUACUUAAAAUCAGAUUAUGUGGUACAAAAAGAUAUUGUAUAUGGGUUGAUACCCCUUUUCCUACUUCUUGUAUUAGUG